AUGAGUUCGGUAGUUAAUAAAUCAUCGACUCGUUUUGCUCCCAAAGUGGGCAAUCGGGGCCCAGGGAGGAACCAGCGGUCGCGCCGAACUUCCACUAUCCGUGCAUCGUUCAGUGUGCCCAGCCAGGACUCAGAGGCAAAUCGCAGGCCCGUCUUGGACGCUAAAGUCGACAUUGAAGAGUCUGCAAUCGAUGACUCGGAACUUGCUGCUCAGUCUGCGCUAGCCACACCUCCAUCGUCGGCUCCCAAACCGCCCUCUGGGUCCAUGGAAGCCCCGUCGCGUUCGGUGACUGCGCGUGCCUCCUCUGUAGCUUCUCCACAGCCCUUGCGUCUCACCACUAUUUCAGAGCCUUUGAACAGACAACGAAGAUUGAAUUCAACUCGUUCCACAACCUUUGCACCCAUUGUAGCGCCCUCGGAAAAGGCUACUCCUCCUAGCUCCCAAGUUGCCCCGCCACCGGCCGUGGAGCCAGUUUCCAAGCCCAAAAAGGCUUUUGUACGCGAGAAAAAGUUUGAUGAUCAGGGGCGGGAAAUUAUUGAGCCAGAAGAUUUACCCAGAGUUGGUCGUGGGUUUGCGGCUGCCGACGGUGCUUUAGAGAAUAAAGCCAUCAACCCUCAUACGUUUACCAUGGCAAAUUUAUGCCAGGAUAUUCCAAUAGGUCAACAAAACGAGGACUAUGAUCAUUUUGAAGACGCGAGAAUCAGCCGGAAACGCAAGAGAGCGCGAGUUCUCAGGGCCAAGCAGAUGAUGAGGGGUCAAUACGACCCUAAGAAGCCCGAACUGCGUAAAGAACUAGAAGGCAUUUAUCGAGAAUAUAUGGAAGAGCGACAAGAGAGAUUUGGAAGCUCCAGGGAAGAAUCGCAAGCUCGACUACAGGCCAUUGACUCUGAACCUGCGCAGCGUCAAACCGUUCAGCUUCAGAAGAGCAAAGACGGCAGAAUUUUGCUUGAUCAGGAAUCCCAGCAUCUUGAUAGACAUGCUAAUAACAAGGCCGAGGACACGCCAGUCUUCACUCGUGAAAUCGACCGGUAUUCCACGAUUAUCAACAGCUACAGUUUCAGUACCAAAGAACGCCAAGAGCGAUGGACCGAAGCCGAAACACUUCAAUUUUACCAAGCCCUCUCUGUCUGGGGUACUGAUUUCAAUCUGAUCUCGCACAUGCUCCCUACACGAUCACGACACCAAAUCAAGACCAAGUUCAAGUACGAAGAGAAACGCAACCCAACCAAAGUCCAACUGUAUCUUGUGCAUCGCCGCAAGGUCAAUAUUACCGAUUAUGCCAAGAUCAGCGGUACCGAGAUCGUCAAGCUUGAGGAUCUCGAGCAGGACUUGGAACGGGUCAGAGCUCAGCACAAUGAGCAGCUCAAGGUCAAGGAAGACAUGAAGUUGCAAGCCAAGGCAGAGGAUGCACAGAAACAAAUGGCAUCCAACCCGGUGCGGCCUCGUGGAAUAAAGCGAGAGCGUUAA